AUGUACACCACCAAAAGCUUCAUUCAGAAAAAUGACGCCAAAGCAAUAGAUCUUCCAGACUGCCCUGUAGACACAAUAAGCUGUAUUGGCUUUAAUUUUGAGAAUACACACGUGGCAGCAGCUUCCUGGGAUGGGUCAGUAAAGCUUUACAGGCUUCCAUUUUACUCUUCUCCAGGAUCCAAUUGUACUUUAGAAAAGAGUUAUUCCCUCGGCAAGCCUGUGCUUUCAUGUUGCUUUUUUAAUAACAUGCUUUUGGCUGGUCUUUCCGACGGGAGUCUCGUUGCUGUUGAUCCAAAUAAUACCGUUAAGGCGCAUGAUUCUGCCAUUAAAUCCAUUCAGAACUACAACAACCAGUUUAUUAUAACAGGGUCUUUCGACAACACUCUUAAAUUCUGGGAUCUAAAGAGUUCCUCGCCAUUUCAUACCAUCACCCUUUCUUCAAAGGUAUAUGCCAUGGAUUUAAAGGAAUCUAUUCUUGUUGUUGCUCUUGGUGAUAAGACGGUUGUUGUCUACGAUAUGAAUAACAUAAACCAGCCUGUCGUGUUUCCUACUAGAUUCAACUACUCAAUCAGGUCUGUUGCUCCCCAUAAGGAUCAAGAUUCUUUUGCUGUUGGUGGAAUAGAGGCUAAAGUGGAGACAUUUUCGAGGAAUUUUCCAGCUAAGAAGAUGGUUUUUAGAUGCCACAGGGUUGAUGGCAAGCUCUAUGCAGUAAAUGUUGUACGUUUCCUUCCGAAUGACUCAAGGUUGAUAGUUACUGGUGGAUCCGACGGAUCUUUAGUUUGGUUUGAUAGAGAAAAUAGAUCAAAACUCUGUUCAAAUGAAUUUGGUGCGCCUAUUACUGCUGGUGAAUUUUCAAAUGAUGGUAAGUAUUUUAUAUUCGCCGUUGGUGACGAUUGGAGUAAAGGUUAUACAGGGGUAUAUACGAAGACAUUCUUGAAGAUGAUUAUUGUGAAUACUAUUCCAGGACUAAUCAAAUAA